AUGAACCUUUGCACCUCCGACGAGUCACUCGCAUUCGGCUACAGCAACGGAUACCGCAUGGUGGGCAACAUCAACGCGCUGGACAACGUCCUUUUGACCCCCAACUUGGGCAACGCCAACGGGGCAGACAGGCGGCCGGAGCAAAAGCCACUGCUCCCGCCCACGGGAAAAGGCAACAGCUGUGUGGCGGUUAUGGCGCCAAUGCAGCAACAGCAUCCCACACCGCGGGGGGGCAGUAACAAAAACAUCAACAACGGCGGUGGAGCGGGGGAUGCGAACACCAACGACAUUGGCCCCUGCUGCAGCAAGGAGCCGACUCACACCACAAUCGCUAAGUUGUCCAAGGCACAUGGUGAGGAAGUUAACAUGGGACACCCAGGGGGAAAUGCUGCGGCAAAGGUGCAUAAGCCGACCACCAUCACCCGAGCAUAUCCCUCGCGACUGAAGCCAAACAUAGUGCCGAUAUUGCAGCAGCAACCAAAGCUGCUGCUGCAGUCGGUGCAUAUCGUAAACCACGCUGUGGGGAAGGGUGGCAAUACGAAGUGUAUAUCUGUGGGACCUCCACUUCAUGGAAGAUGCGUGGCGGUACGCAAUGUUUUUGGGAAUACAACAUCAACCUUACAGGAGAGAUGCAAAGUUACCAGGCAAGCAGGUGAGGAAGUCAAGCGCAAGCUCCCAGCUACUACAGAUGAUGUUCGAGUACCCACGCUAAACAGCUCUGUCCCCAUUGUACCAGGGCCUGUUGUGGACAAGUUUGUGCAGCGAAAAAUUGCAGCGGCAUGUGAAGCCAUACUGCCCGUGGUCAAAGAGACGCUGCGAAUGUCGAAUACAGCUCCUGUGUCGGUAUGUAUAAUGGAUGAGGCUUUAGACAACGAGGCUGUGGUAAAUCAGUUUCUUAGAAGAAAGGAUGGGUUGAUGGAAAAGCCGCAAGAACAAAUAGAAACGUCCUCAACUAAAGACAAAAAUAUUAUUCACGAAAGCAGGACGCAUAUCACGCCAAAUGCACCAAAAAGUGCUACACACACUCUUCCUGUUGUUGUCCCAGUCAAGGGAAAUGAGGGGCAGCCUAAGGCGCCUCCGCCGUGCAUGUGUCCAGAAAUUGACCAGGAGGUGGGCAAGUUGGAGCCCAAAGCUUUCUUGCACCCGCCAACAAGGGCCACCACGAUGGGAAGCUCAAGAAUGGGAUCCUCAAUUCGUAGGUCUGAGGACUCUGAUACGGGACGAUCUCCCAGUCUGACGGCAUCAACAAAUGUGGAUGGUCAGCGCAGAUGCCCUUGCGGCCCUGGACGCAAUAGUAUCUUGAUAAAGACCGUUUUUCAGUCUCAAGUAGAUCUUUCAGCGGAAAAAAAAAGGGCGAUGGAGGCGUGGGCAGGCACACCGCUCCUGAUGCAGACUCCUCCACCUAGUCCAUCUUCGUCUUCAGCGGCUACAAUUGAGUAUGCAGGGGAGCAAAUGGAGUUGCACUACACGUUGCACAACGUGAUUGCCCAGCUGUUUCAUCGUAACCGUCCACAGUGGCAGAAGUAUCCAGAGAAGAUGCCGUUAGUAUUGGAGAAGAUUCGAAGACCGCGUUGCCCACACACGCCACGUAGUUUCUAUGGGGUAAAAGGAAUGUUGGUGUCUCCUGACUGGUUCUGCAAGGCCUUGGACGACGUCCAGCGUGUGAAGAGCCCGGAUCUGGGCUUUCUUGAUGCAGCCGAGGGGGGUGCCAAAAACCCGUCCCAAGACAGGAAGAAACGUUAA